UCAUUUUAAAACCACCCAUUUCUACCUUUUUUUUGCACCGUUCUACCACUUCGGCAAAAUUGUAUGUGACAACACUGACUGACAGUUUCGUCUUAACUUAAGACUCGUUUUAUAACGUCAAUGUCAAGAUUGUCAAGUCAAGUCUUCAAUUUCGUUUCAAAAUCACCACUGCAAUGAAACUAAAAAGUGAACCAAUAUUUUAUAAUUUUUAAUUUCCUUCAAUAUUUUUUUAAUAAUGGUACCUGUACAUGAAAGUCUUAUAAUAUUAAAGCAGCUGAUAUUAUUUUGUUAGUGAGACCAAACUAACAAUUCGGCAAGACUUUGGAAGUACAGUGCAUUAUUGACAAAUAGUCGUCACUUGCCCACCGUCGGUAGUAGGAGCAUGCAGAGCUGGUUCUUUGCCCAGGACCGGAAAAAACCGAAAUUUAGAAUUCCUCCGAAAUCGCCCGCCAAGCUACCACCGUCACCACCCAAAAUGUAUACCGAAGAGUGGAAAUUUAGUGUAUCCGUUCCAUAUGCUAAUGUUAGUGCUCGAGAUACCGUAGUUAUUACGGGGAAUAUACCUCAGCUGGGAGAAUGGGAUUAUUUGAAAGCAGUUCCACUUGAAAAGGAACCAGGUAGAGAUGUGUGGUGUAACACUAUAACUAUCCCAAAUACAUGCGAGAUUUACUAUCGCUAUGCCGUGUGUACCUUCGAUGACCAUAACAAAGAAGCAGUCAUUGUGCGAUCCUGGGAGACCAAUGUUCGUCCUAGAGUAAUCAAGGAAAACACGCGUGAGCCAUCACUAGAUGUCUAUGGGCACUAUGAUGGUAAGGCCAGGAUCUGUAGGGGAUGGCUCACAUGUCAAACAUUACUGCAAUUUAAAUUUGUUAAAAAUCCAUUAAAGCUUAAGACUCGUUUAGCAGGGAGACUCAUGAAUAUAAAAGUAACUCCAGUCAACUUAAGUUUUGGAACUGAAGGUCAGAUUGAAGAUUCACUAAGCACUGAUACUGCUGAGGUCCCCACCGGAGUUUCUGUAGAGGUGGCUACAUUAGAUAAUGAUGCUUCUCUUUGUCAACUGCACCCCCAGGAACAAUUUGGAAAAGAGUACAGACCUAAUGAUAUUCUUAUUUUCAAUAUAACUGCACAGAAGCUAGAUAGUGUGGCUUAUUUAGUUGAUUUUUAUUGCUAUAGUACAAGAGCUUCCUCUCAGGAACCGCCAUGUCAUGUUGGUUACACUUACAUACUGCCCAACAUGUUUAAACCCUCGGAAGGAAUUUUAGAAUUGCCAGUCACAUGCAGCAUCAAGCACAGACCUCUUGGGACAGUGAACAUUCAGUAUUUAACUAUAAAUCCCAUGUCAGACUCUAAGCUUAACUCUUUUGAGGUUUCAUAUGCAAAGCAUUGGGAUCCUGCAUGGACUGGGUUGGAAGUAGGGCAUCGGGGACUGGGAGCUAGCUUCAAAAAGAAAGAAGGAAAUUCUAUUCGUGAAAAUACCAUAGCUUCUCUUAAACAGGCAGCUGCAAGUGGUGCAGACAUGCUUGAGUUUGAUGUUCAGCUAAGUAAAGAUAUGAUACCAGUUAUAUAUCAUGACUUUUAUGUAUGUAUUUCUAUGAAAAGAAAGAAGGAAGUUGACUUCACAGAAAUGCUAGAAUUGCCUGUGAAGGACUUGACUUUGGAACAGCUUCAGAAACUUAAGGUAUACCACUUAGUUGAGGGACGAAGCCAUGAAGCCCUCUUUUUUGAUGAAGAUUUAGAAGAACACCAGCCAUUUCCAACUUUGGAAUUGGCAUUAAACACUAUAGAUAGCCAUGUUGGGUUCAAUGUUGAGCUUAAAUGGACCAUGGAAUUGGAGGAUGGCACAUUUGAGCUGAAUAACCCAUUUGAUAUGAAUAUUUACGUUGAUAAGGUACUGGAAAUUGUUCUGAAGCAUGCAGGAUCGAGAAACAUCGUGUUUUCCUGUUUCAAUCCUGAUAUCUGCACAAUGGUCAGAAACAAGCAAAACAAAUAUCCUGUUAUGUUUCUAACUAUCGGUGUAACAAGUAGAUAUAAGCCAUACAGAGACCCCAGGUGCCUAUCAAUUCCGGCUGCGGUACAAAACGCUAUUAGCUCAGACAUUUUGGGCAUAGUUGUGCACACAGAAGACCUGCUCAGAGAUCCUACCCAGGUCAAGUUGGCGACGGACGCCGGAUUGGUGAUAUUCUGUUGGGGCGACGACAAUAAUGACAAAACUACCAUCAAGAAACUUAAAGAUCUCGGUCUUCAUGCUGUCAUAUACGACAAACUUGACCAGUACAUCACCAAAGAAGUUAAGGAAAGCAUAUUCCUGAUGGAAGCGCGCGAAUCCCAGCGCGAUGUCAUUCGCCUGGCCGCGCUCGAGUCGCCCGCGUCCGCGUCCGCGAGCUGCGCCUCCGUGGAGGUCCCGCGCGACGCCGCGCGGCCCUACCUCGACCUAGCCGCUCGCUUCGCCGCAGCGCCCUCCACCGUAACCUCCCUAGAGUCCCUCGCGUCCACCGACGACGAGGAUAGAAACUUGAAGAGAAACCGGGACAUUAUCGCUUGCAUUGACAAAGAAUCCCAAGUAAAGGAGCAGCGCCACAACUUCCAAGGCCUGUUUCCGGCCGGCGACAAUAAGUCCGCUAGUAUGAAAAAGUCGCGAAAGAGUGACGCUGAAUGAAUUUAUCUAGCCUAGAGCUUGCAGCAAAGUAUGUUUUUGAUUUUAUUUUUUGCUCAAUUUGUAGUUAAUUAUUUUCAUUAAGGGCAGUAAAUGCGGAUCGCUUUGCUUGAUAUGACCUGUUUUAAUUGCUCUUAAAGUUAGUUUUACUUCAUCUGUACAGGUAUUAAUUUUAAAUUGUUUCCAGUAACGUAACACAUUUCUUUUCUUUUUUUUUUCAUAAAUCGUAAUUAAUAGAUUGCAUUGAUUUCUGGAUACUUAAUGUAAUAUUGCCAUUGUUUGAAUCAUGUUAAGUCAACUUAUAAUCUGCAACAGUACAACUGCUUGCAAUAUUCGAUAUCAUAGUUACCACUUUAUUAAUUUUAAGUCAUGGAUAACAUUCCCAAAAUAUAGUACAGUUGUAAAAUUUUUGGCAUCAGUGUCAGGCUGUUAGCUAAGCCUAAAACUCAGUCAAUAACUUAAACUUCAAUAAAAAUUAUAUGCCUUCAACUCUACAAACCUCUCUACUUUUUGUGUUAGCUAUGAAUAUUAUUAUUAUACAUAGGUAGUAUAAAAAUAUAAACAAUAAUUUGAACUUGAUUAUCUGUUAAAAAUAUAAAGUAAUAAAUUAAAGAGUAAGAACAACAAUAAAGAAAAUGAACAAUGAUCUUGAUCAGUAACCCGUCGUAGAUUUUUUUUUACAUUAAUAACUAGUUUUUUGUAGGAUGUACCCAUGUACCAAUACUUAUUAGGCGCUCAUGUCACAUUUCUGAAGGCGAUUAUCUUCAAGUCAAUCUGCUCAUAGUUGAGGAGUGUCUUUUCAAAAGGGCUUAUUUGAAAAGACCAGAGAUGUGGAAAAUAGUUUGUAAAAGUAUUUAAAUACAGAAUACAAAUACUUCUUUGAUAUACUAUUUCAAAAUCAAAAUACAUACUAGUUUUCAAAUUUGCAUUUAAAAUACUAAAUACAACAUAGGUAUUUUCAUAAUACUUUGCGAUAAAAAGUAAUGGAUUUUUAAGUGAUGGUUUUUAACGGUAAAUUUUUAAAACCAAUUAGAUUUGUAAUGUUUUACAACUUAUACCUCUCUUAGGUUGGUGAAAACGCUUCGUUUGUGUUUUACCAGGGCAGAAAAGUUUGUUCCCCUUUCGUGCCUUGAAACCCUCGCAACGCUUCCACAUUUUUAACCACUCGUUACGCUUGUGGGCAUGUUUACAAAACAGAUUCACCAAUUCCAUGUUAACUGAAUGAGAGCGGUGCAAGGAUUGUAACGUCAGACGGGAUUGUAACUCCUACCUACUUUACCUACUAACAAAUAUUUUGUAUUUUUAAAAUAGAAAAUUGGUCCCAAAAACUAUUUCAAAUAAAAUCCAAAAUAGUUUUCUUCAAAAGGUAAAUACAAAAUAUGUAUUUUGCAUUUCAAAUAAGUCACAUAUCUGGAAAAGACACUCCUCAGUUAUUAUUUAAAAAAAACAUCUUUAUAAUUUGCCUAAUAAAGCCCCUCUUAUACUAUAUAUAAAUUAAUAUAUAUAUAUAUAUAUAUAUAUAUAUAUAUAUAUAUAUAUAUUUAUAAUUCAUUUCUAACGUUACGGUUUUAAUUGUGUCGAAAGAUGGCAGUAAAAUUACGUAACUACAAAGUUUUCUUUGACAAUACACCUCUAAUUCAAAUUAUCUUUGAUCUAGACAUGACAUCUCAGUUCUACCUGUAUCCUACUAGUAGCGAAAAGGUACCUUACGGCGGUUGGCGCUUAAGUCGCGUAGCACCGUAUGAAUAUUGGAGCAUCGUUAAUAACAGCGUAAGCGCCGACCGCCAUAAGGUACCUUUACCCGUGGAAUGUCACCUAUAGUCUGUAGUGGUUAAUGUAGUGUAAAAAUAUUUUACAUAAUGUCAAUAUCCAAAGAGGAAAGUGGGGACUAGGAUUGUAUGAAGAAGCGGUCGUUCAUUAGCCUCUUAAUUUAAUAUUAAAACUUCGUGAUCCUCGCACUCCUCCCUGGCUCUGAUGUCUGUGCUGCCACCUAGUGCACGUCAUUCAGAUAGCUCUUUUUUUUGACGCCUUUCGCUUUCCAGCGAUAGACUUAUCGUCUGGCGUUUACUUCGUAAGCCUCCUGGAUCCUCGAGGCCCUUUUAAAGUUAAAGUUAAUUUUUUUUUUUUUUAAAGAAGACAAGGUUCCAAAUAUAAAAACAAAACUAAAGCUUCUAAGAAUGAGGAGGUUAGAUGAGCUGACUCUAAAUUAAUUUUAUUAGUGGCUUAUUCUUGCUUCGUUUCUGUUUGCCUAUGAAACUUUUAUAGAACAACAUUGAAAGAACAUUAAUUAUCCUUAUUGUUUAUUUGUCUGUGAUAAGUAGUGGUCAAGUUUUUUUAAAUAGAUAGUAACAUUCAUAAUUUUAAUUAUAAGAUGUAGGUAUGGCUAAAUUCAAUAUUUUUCUGUAUAAUUUUAAAAUUUUAUUAAAGUGUAUUUUAACGUAA